UGAGGAGUUUAAAACCCUAAAGAAACGCAGGACUAGAAGCGCCGCAAGGUGUCACAGUUCUCCUCCAGGCUCCUGUAAGUAGAGUUACGGUGAUUUAUAGCUUUUCAUUUAUCGUGCCACGGUCACUUAAUCACAUCUGAACCCACUUUUGUUUGACAAAUGACCCUCACUGCGUCAUCAGCACAGCGGGAACACACGCGUGCCGCAAACGGACGGUGUAAAUAACAACCAGAGGGGGGCCCCGGCCCCGCCCCCAAGUGGGCGGUGCGCUUCGCCUCGCUCUUGUCCUAUUUACCGACGGCAGCGCGUUCUGAUUGGACAGAUAUUUUAACUACAUCCUAUCCGUGCGCUUCCUCUCUGCCUCCACCCACGGUUACAGCUGAUUCUCUCCUCCCUCCGUCAUGAUGAACUGUCCCAAACAAGACGGAGAGAAAAACAGUUUUCCGCACAAAGGACCGUGAAAUAGUCUUGCUCUGUCCUUCCAUCUCCACUCCGGCGCCGAUCCUCUGCCUGUCCGCUCAGGCGACAUUCCUGGUACAGAUCAUGGUUUCACCUGUCACUGUGGUGAAGAGUGAAGGCCCAAAGCUGGUGCCCUUCUUCAAAGCCACUUGUGUGUACUUUGUGCUGUGGCUGCCCACCUCCAGCCCAUCCUGGUUCAGUGCCCUCAUCAAAUGUCUGCCCAUCUUUUGUCUCUGGGUGUUCCUGCUGGCCCAUGGCAUCAGCUUUUUAGGAGCCCAUUCCAGUGCCCGGAAGAUCCUGGCAGGACUCAUAUUCUCAGCUCUCGGAGAUGCUUUUCUCAUCUGGCAGGAGCAGGGCUACUUCAUCCAUGGGCUGCUGAUGUUCGCCAUCACCCACAUCCUCUACUCCUCUGCUUUUGGGAUGAAACCAAUUAAUCUACUGGCAGGCCUAGUUAUAGCCACCAUAUCAGGCCUUUGCUACACCCUCCUCUACCCCUACCUGUCUGCACCCUUCACAUACCUCGUAGCUGUCUACAUCGCUCUUAUUGGCUUCAUGGGCUGGAGGGCCAUCGCCGGUGUCCAGCUGGCCAACGACCUGUGGACCUGGACAAAACUAUCUGCCUGCUUGGGAGCCGUUCUCUUCAUGGUGUCUGACCUCACCAUUGCCGUCAACAAGUUCUGCUUCCCCGUUCCACAUUCACGGGCCAUCAUUAUGGCUACAUACUACGCGGCCCAAAUGCUGAUUGCCCUGUCGGCUGUGGAGUGCCAGGACGCUGACGUGGCCAGGAAGAGAGUGUGAGGAGCCCUGCUUUAAACCUGCCUCACACCAGCAACCUACAAAGAGCGGCAGCUUCACUCGUUUGGGUCCAGUCCCCCUCCCCACAAAGCCUCAUUCUUUAGCCCCUUGGUCCCAUUGUGGCUUCCCCAGCAUGAUUCUGUUUGAGUUGUUUUAUGUUUCUGUAGGAGGUUUGACCAUUGUUGGAGAGUGCGUGAGGUUCGGCCUCCAUUUGGAGGCUUUAUGUUGGAUUUGUGUUUUAUUAACUCAGCAGUCCGGCCCUUUCUUUUAAGUUUAUAUUUUCCAGUUUAGUUUUGGCUUUUCAUAUAGGUUUAUGUCCAUUCCGAAGUUGAGAAAGGAAACAUGAAUCUGUCUCAUGACAAGUUUCUCUUAGGGAUUCUCUUCUAUUCUCUUAGUUGUUAGUAGAUGCUCUGUAAAAUGGCAUUCUGUUCAGAGCACUCCUAGUGACUUGCUUAUUUUGCUCAAGACAGCCACUCUGCCUUCUUUCUGUGUUUCUUUCUCCUCCUUGCUCUCCUGUUGUAUUUUAGAGAGUCCCAGCAGGCCCAAGGAGACCUGACUGUUCUGUAGCUGUUGUGAUUAGCUUUAGCUUCUCACUGGUGCAAAGGAAUGGACAACAGUGUUUGUGUAGCUGGAACAGUUUUUAUUUACGGGAGCUGGAUUCCCCGUGUUAUCUUAGUGUUAAAGACAUAAUCAAAGCAUGACUUUUUAUACUAAAUAUUCUAGUCGAGCAGAUAGAACGGAUAACCCCAUGCUCUGUCUCUGUAUGCAUCCUGUCAGUAUUCUGUAUUUUUAUUCUGUCUUUUUGUCCUUGAGACAUUUCGCAGUAUUUGCUCUGCCAAUUUUGUUUGUUAAGCUGAACUUGAACACUCACACAUACUGUUCUCUUCCUCCCCGCACACUUGUAGAUGCGCAUUCUAAUGCUGGACAGGGUAGUUCUUGCUGCAAAUCUUCAGCAGUAGUUCUAUCUUUGUGCAUGGAGGGGCAUAACAGAAGAUUAUAUCAUAUGAUAGAUAAGCCUAUGCUUACAACUACAUCUGUGUUGUUUUUUUUUGUUAUUGUUUUUUUUUUUUACUGGAAAGCUGAUGAUGUCUAUUUUUAGCUUAAGCAUGUCACAUGAUCACCUUACAGGCACCAAACAUGACGUAAAAGGGACUUGGUAUCCUUAACUAAAUACCAAGUUAAUACCCCUGUAAAAGGGAAAGGUUACUUCAGGGGAAGUUAGUGCUUCUCAUUCUGAUGCCUUGGGUAGUCAAUCAUCAGUUACUUCACUGCUGUACCUCUCUUGUGAAAUCUCUGCAUUAUCAAUCCUAGCCUUUUUUUGUGUAUAUUGUGAUGUUAGGUUUCAGGUGCAUUUUUCACCGAUGCUGUGGGAGGUUAAGAACUUUCUUUCUUGAAAAAGUAGAAGCAAGGCUACUUACCACAUUUGUCUUGUUUUACUGACAGGUCACGGCCUAUUCAAGUGAUAACAGAGAGUCCGCUCACAGGCCAUUGUAUUGCACUGAGCCAUAACUUAGAUACAGUCGGUAAUUUAUCUCUCUCUGUGUGUUUUAUCAUCUCGUCUUCUGUCUGCUCUCUGCCUCCUACAGUGCGCGUUUGUUGAAACGGGUAUUGUCAGUGAUCUCUGUGUUCAAACAUGAGAGGGAGAACAAACAAAGCUAGUACCUUACCUACAAUGUGCUCUUAUGCCAUCCUCAUGAUACUCAAACAUAGGCAACCAUGAAGAAAAGACGAACAAUCCAGGAAGCAUCAGACUGAUCAAUAUGACCACAUCUUUAUUUUAUUUAUUUUUGUUCAUUUGGAUCUUUUUUUAUAGUUGCUUUUCACUCCCAAUCUUUAAGUUAUAGCGACCCCCUCCACUCUGGGAAAGCAAAGGCCAUAGAUGCCUCCUCCAGUGCAAGAUGCAUGAAAAAACUGAUGCCACAUUCUUAGAAACCACUCACCGAGAGCACCUCGACACACUUGGAGGAGAACAUAAUCACUUGACUUUGUGUGGCUGCCCAACUGAAUGAAUCAAUUUAACAGCAAAGGAAGAGAAACAGAGUGGUUUCUCUGGUCACACUCCUGCCCUACACGGCCAACAGUGCUAUAGACGGUACAUUGUACAGCUCAACACCCCUUCACUUUAUCCUGUGUACAGGAUGCCUUGUGUUGUUGCAGAUUUCCCAUACAGUCAUCCAUAAAAGGGAUCAGCACCUGGUUUUCUAUCGCUGCUAAACAAGGGAAAACAAACUGUGAUGGAAACGCUAUCGGGCUCUUUAUGUGUUCAGCUGUUGUACUGGAGUGGAGAAGUGAAAGGGUUUUUUUUGGUACAUAAACAGUGCAGAGCACAAAGCCUUGCUGUCAUUAAAGCAGAAGGCAGAUCCUUAUCAGGACUUUCAUGUCCUGUCACUCAAGCCUGGGUUGAGUUGUUUUAACCCCCCUCCGCCCCCAACAUCACAUACAAAACGCACACCACACACUCACAAUAUGUGCAUGUGGAUAUUGGAAUAUGAUAUAUUUAUCAUUUACUUUCUUCUUUUACUUAUUUAUUGCACUUUUAUCAACAUUAAACAAUGCAAUUUCAGAAAAUGUGUUAAUUUAUAGACAUUUUAUUUCACAUACAGUAGUGCUUGUCAGUAUCUUAUAAACUUAACCAGCAGUUAACAAGUUCGAAUUUUAGAUAGAUUGUUAUGCUAGACAAUUAUAAAACGCUAGACAGAAUCUAGCAUAGGGCUAUAUGCGCACAGACAUAUGACCUUGCUUGUCCAAGCACCAUUGCAACACGUUGGGUGCUUCAGCACUGAGGACAGUUUCGUAGGAUAGGCCUUCCCUAUCAUCAGUCACGCUGUCAGCAAAACAUUUGCUUAGUCAGUCUAAAUAGUGUCAGUGGCAGCAUUGUCAGCGAAAAACAAUGUCUCAUCCAAGCCAUCAUGUGUUAUCUUCCCUAACACAAUGUUUACUAGCCAUCUAAGGAAGAGACCAAGUAUUUAGAGAUGACUGGCAGGGUUACAGCAGGUCAAACAGCGACUCACUGUCCCUUAAGCAUUUUACCUCUUAAUCUGCAGGAUUAUUAGACUUGUUAUUUAGGAGCUACUUCAAACUAGCCUGGAACUACUAUGAAAUUCAGGAACAGAAAGAAAAAAAACCCUUCCCAUGAUUUUGUUCCCACUGCCUGGCUUCGCUUAUUAGUUCAAAGCAGCAGCAUAGAAGUCCAGGCAGUGGGAACAAAAUCCUGGGGAGGAUUUUUACGUUCUGGACCCAUUUUCUCUCCUCUGGUUAUCACAGAGUAAGGCUCUGAAGUUGAGGCCUACUUGCAGGCCCUUAAGGUUUAAGGGGUUAAAGCUUCUGAAAUCUUUGGCUGGAUUACUUUUGAACCUAACAUGGCUCUUUCAAAGGAAUGCUCCAGUGUUUUUCAACCUAAUCUGCUGUAUCUGUAGCACACAGUCAGUUACCACAGACAAACAUUUUGACAUGUAUCUGCAUACUGCAGUAAAACAACAGAAAAUCCACUGACUCGAAGUAGACUUAUAAUAGAAGUCAGCAGGCAAGUGCUAAAUAACUUGCUCAUUGGCUUCUAGGCAAGUACUCCAGCACCUGCCUUUUGCCUCCUGUUAUAAGUGUGAUUAGAAUCAAUAGAUUUUCUCUUAUUGUUCUAGUAUGAUGGUGAUCGAACUCUUGCAUAAGACUGCAGUUAAUUGAACUAUUGAUGUAACUGACUGUCAUACCAACUUGUGAUUACAAUUGUUUGGAUUCAAUUAUUUGGGUUUAUGCUAUACUCUAGUAUAGAGGUUAGGUUGAAAACUGCUGGAGUAUUCCUCUAAAGACAAACAAUGGGGAAUAAUGGAAUAAUGUUCCUCUGAUGUUCAGAGCUUGCUGUGUGCAGAGCUUGGUGCUGUAACAUGUGAUUUUGCUGUGGUAUGUGAACAAUGCAAAGAUUAAGGCCAGUGCGGAUGUCUACAGAAGCUACUGUAGUCCAUGCAACCAAGCUAAGCUAAGCUUCUCCUCUGUUUGCAGAAAGUAAACGCCACUCAGGCUCCCCUACAUGUGACUCCCCUGGGGGCUAGUUAGGCACAGACAGAGGACACCACACCUCCCCCCCGAGCAGUCUCCCCUUUGUCUAAAGCUCGUCCCAUCAGAGGAGAACAGGUGCAGUCAGACAUGUGGCAUGGAAACCCAAUCUUUAGCGAAGGAGCUGUGAGAGGGUGAGGAGAUGCAAGACAACAGAGGGGCAGAAGGUUCCCUUUCCAUCUGGCCUCAAACUCACAGGAGGCCUCUUUCUACCCCCUGCACUGCUGAUCGGUUUACCCCUCUAUCAACACUCUUACUGUUCCUUCUUUUGUGUGUAGAGACAAAGGGGAUGUGGGAGAAAGUACUACGAAUGCAGUAUUGAUGACUAUGUGUGUUUGGGGAUAUCUGUGCUGGUGCUGAGAGAAAAUGUAAGGCAUCAGCAGAGAGAGAGAGAGAGAGAGAGAGAGAGCAAGUCAAUAACACUUGACUAAAAUGCACCCUUGUCCUAAGCACAAGAGAAUGUAGAGCUGUAUAUGCACUUUUUUGUUUUUGCUUCCCCCUUAUAUGCCCUUUCUCUACCGCUCUGUGUAAUAUGGUCACUUUUGAUAUCAGUAGAUAGUUUGCAUUUAUAAUUCAAUUAUCUGUUUUCUUGCCGUUCACAGUAGAGGGUGAUUUAUUGUGAUAAACAUUGAUAACUCUUAAAGCUCCUAGACAUGGAGCCUACACUCUUAAAAAGAAAGGUGCCUAAAGCGGUUCUUUGGAGUGAUGCCAAAACACGUUUGUUUCCAUAAAGUAAUGCUUUACUGUAGGGCAGAGUUCAUAAGGCUGCAUGAGCCAUAAGUAGGCUCAUCAGGACAAUGGUGUAAACCUCAUAGACAUUCAUAAAGGCUUUUUCAGGACAACUGGACUAAACCUACAUAAACAUUUUGUAAAGGCUAGUGACAUCACUUAUUUCUGUCACUGAGUUUUGUCAUGACACUUUCUUUGGUAAAAAGGCAUAGCUACACAGCUGUAAUUCAAAGUGCUUGAAAUAAUAAUGUAAUUCAGUUUGUAAUUUAAAAAGUAACAAAAUAAAGUAGAAUAGAAAUUAAAAAUGGGACUACAACAAUAGAUGUUAAGAGAAAAAUCAUUGAAAUGAAAUUUAAAAAUAUUUUUUUUUCCAUUUGUGAAAGUGUUAAAAUGAUAAAGUGUCAUUAGAGGAGAGAAGAGCAGUACAGCUAACAGUGUUUUAAACUGCACUGAAAGCUGCUCAAAUGGGAAUGUUUUCAGCCUGGACUAAAUGACUAGUUGCUAAUGAUCUGAUAGUUCUUCUUGGCUCAUACUGCUGUCCACCAGAUAAUGCUGGUCCUGCACGAUUGAGCGAUUUAUAGACCAGUAAUAGUACCUCAAAGUCUAUUCUGUAACUCACUGGUAGCCAUUGUUAGGAUGAAAUAAUGGGGGUGAUUUUACUCUGGCAGCUGCAUUUUGAAUCAUCUGAAGCUGUUUGAUUGUGUUUUUUUCGAGUCCAGUUAGGAGACCAUUACAGUAAUCAAUUCUGCUAGAAAUAAAGGCAUAGAUGAGCGAUGCUGAUGGUUUGACAUUGCUUAAAUGACACUCACUUUACUUAAGGGCCGCAGAUAAAGUUCACUCUUCUUCAACCAGCCUCAUGUGGCAAGCUGUCAUCAGCUUUAUGUGACUGUGAUAUACACUGAACUACAAAUCUAUGUCAUUUCACGUUAAAAAGCCUAAUGUAAGUAAAAAUUAAUGCCACCUGACAGAUGUCAGCUUGACAUCAAAGUUGGCAGAUGACAAAUGAUGCCUACUGGAAUAAGUGUUUAUAGAUGUUUAUGUAGGUCUUUCUGAGUUGUCAUGAAGGGCUUAUGUAGGUUUCAUGUAACUUUAUGAACACUUCCCUGAGAUGUGCAUAAUGUAAAGGUUCCAUACUAGUGAUCUUCAAUGAGUACUCAGGGCAAUUAACAUUUUUGUCCUAUCCAAUCCAGCAAAAUAUAGAAACCAUCCUUGGGGACCACUAGAACUGGUUAAAAAAAAUCAUAGUUCAGUACUAUACAAAAGGUCUUUGAGGUUCUCAAAGGUUUUUCUCAGAACUAUAAAUCCAAGCAAAGAACCAUUGAGGAACAUUAUCUUUUAAAAGAGUGUAGGUUAGCAUGAUGAGUCAGUAAGGGAUCUACAGCUGGUUCUGAUGUUAAUCUUUAAUCAAGCUUCUUAGAAAGCUGGAAAACAGACUGUCACUAUUCUUUCUUCUUAUUCAGUUGAGUCUUUGCAGUAUCGAGCUUGAUACAUACCAAACCUUCACUGGGAACAAAUCUAAUGACUCUGAAAGGACAGAAACAAAACGUUAAAGUUUGGGAUUUUUUUAACAACCUGUGUACAUUCACUCAUUUAUUCAUUCCUACAUAGAGCCUGACUUUAAGGUUCUGCAUUACUGGACCUCCUUAUUGCCUUCCUUGAGCCGAGUGCUGUGAGGAGAUGUGCUGGCCACCAUCCUCUGGAGAUUUCAUCUCAGAAUUUGUUUUGCUCUCACCUUACAUGAAAGGAGAAUUCUGCUGAUCAUUCAAAAUUUCUGCAGGAUUCAGUGGUUGCGAUGUGAACCAGAGUCAUUCAGAGUGCUUCAAUGUGAAAUAGUUAAUUGUAGAGAAAAUUGUGGAGCUUUCUUUAGAGGUGGUGAACAGAGCAUUUCACACCAAACUACUCUGAAUGACUGUUUACAUCUUAAUGAUUUAAUUAUGCAAAUAUUUCAUAAAAUCAGUGGAAUUCCCAUUUAGGUGGCCAAAACAUUUCUGUGCUCACUAACUUAUUGCAUAAACUGCAACAGUUUGUGUAGAUCAUUUUUGAUUAAUUCUGAUGAUAUUGUUUACUCUGCCAUAGUGGUCAGUAGUAAUAGGAUGUGGUCUGUGCUCAUCAGUUUUAAACACAUAUAAUGCACAUAUAAUGUAAACUUAAUAUGAAGUGGAGCCAAGUUGAAUUCUGAGCAUAUACACAAUACAAGGUGUGACGUUUUUACUUACAAAACAUGGCUAACAGCAUGUAUAACCAGUGGGAAUAUUAUGAUCUUAUACCAGUUGUCGGACUGUGAAUGCAGUCUUUAAAGAGUGUAGUGGGUUUUAGGUUACAGAGACACAAGCUUAAAGGGAAAACAGUUCCGUUUUUUUUACAAAUAAUAUAUUAGCCUAUAACAUUGUAAAGUUGGCAUUGUGUUGUGAAUGAAUUAGUGUUCAUUUGCUAAAUAAUUCUGAAUAUUUUGCCUUAUUGUCAUAAAUGUUCAGUAGUUUUUUUGUUCCUUUCAUUAUUGUUCUGUAGAAAAUGGCCAUAUUGCUCAUUUCCUGUAGUGAAAUUGCUAUGAAUGUGAUUCAAUCUAUAGAAUAAACAAAUGCAAUUACAAUGCAACAGAUA